GCUUGUGUAUACUAUGAUGUUUUUAUGCCGUUCAAUGUGAUUACGUGUUGUUCAAUGAUUUCAAAGAAUUCAAUAGAAGACAUUUUUCAUAUUAAACCAUAAUAUGGCAUAAAUACCAACUCAGUUUCUGUUGGUAACGGAGUUCAAUUAUCAGGUCUGCUUUUUGUUUGUUCGUUGAAAUUGGCUAUACUUGGCUUUGGAUUGAACUAGCUAAUUUCAUUUGGAAAGUUCUGGGACUUGUGUUUUUUUAGGACUGAGAAACCAGCAGUUCAUUUGAAUGUCUAUAAAAUGCCUGGAUGUAACUAAUAACCGCAAACAAGUUGAAUUGUUUCUUCUUGUCCAUAAAGGUGUAUUAAUGGGUGGCUUGAGAGUAACUUAUACGAGAGCUAGUUUGCUUUCGGAUUUCGCUUUCAUUAUAUUCAUCCAACAUUGUAUUGUCUUUGGACAGAAAUAUGAUCUCAAUCUCGAUGGAGAACUCAACCGCGAUGAGUUUGUGGCCUUCAUCUCACAAUUAACUAAAGACACCUUCAUCACAGUCAGUCAAGGACUGAUCAUCACUCUGGCUGUGGCGCCCACGCUAGCUCUGCUGACAAAGAGGACGACAGAAGGAGUACCUGUUGUCGGGAAGGUGGUGGAGAAGUUGCCCAGUUCCAUCUAUGCCUCCCUCGUCACCCUGACCAUCGUGCUCGUCCAGCAAGCUGCCGAGGCAAAGCAGUAAAAGGUUUCUCUGCAUUGUAAAUAAAUAUUGCUAGUUUGCUACAUAGUUUCUUUUCAAUAACAUGCCAGUAGACUUGACUGUACAUGAACUUAAACACAGCUAUUCUGGCUUUGAGAUGGAAGGUUUCUGGUUA